AUGCAACGACGAAUUGUCCAGCCAAUCACAGCGCAGGAUCGAAGUAAGCUCUCGGCAUCGGCAUCCACCAAGGAACAGCCGACGCAGCCAAUCAGCGUCCAGAACUCGGCUCCAGUGGAUCCUGAUAGCGUUCUCGUUCUCUUCCCCUCCGCCUCUUCCCCUCUCCAUAUCUGCGCUAUCAGACACGAUUGCUGCCGCACUUGCCGAAUCCGCAAGGUCAAGUGUGACGAAGAGAAAGUGCCAUCUCAAGGGCACGAGGAACCCCAAUGUCGGAGAUGCUUGGCAGCUCGCAUUCUGUGUGAGUGGAAAGGCGGCCCGAUACCGCGGAGAUCACAUCGUACCUCGACAGAGAGAUUCUCUCCAAGAGAGGUUGCAGAAAGGGAUGAAACCCCUAAUGCGAGCCAGUCCAAGCCUGCAAGGAAGCAAUUACAUCUCCAGGUUACUCCACCUUCUCCGGGGUCACUGUCAAUUCGCAGCCCGGCAAGUGGCGCGCAGUCUCGUGUCAUUCAAGCUGCCAACUCUCUGUCACUGUCAGGAUUUGACCGCCAGUGCUUGGGCUACCUGCAAGACUCAAUAUUAGUAGUGAUUCUUGGUAAGCACUGGCCUUGGUCAACAGUUUCGUAUGCAUACCAUAAAGUUGCCACCAGAGAGCCGAUGGUCAUGAGCAUGAUUCUGGCUAGUGCUGCGAGGGAGAUUCAUCGAUCCAGACUUUACGAUUCAGAGCACUCUUACGACCAGCUUAUGAGCAAUGAGCAAUCAGACAUGGAUGGCAGAGUACAUUACGGCCGCGCCCUAUCGGGUCUCAGGGAAGCACUCAAGCAGGAGGUAAAAUCUCCACGGCAUAUUGAAGCCAUCUUUAUCACGCUUUGGUUGAUGAUAGAUUAUGAGAAUCGCUUUGGAAGUGGUGCCUCCGCGAUUAAUAUUCACAUUCGGGGCAUCGAGACUCUCUUACACAACCACAUCGUGCCUUUGCUCCAAGGCCAAACCCGUCCACCUACCAUUACGGCAGAAGGUCAAGAUCCCUUGCAGAACACACAACCCCGGCUAGACGUUGCAGGUCUGGACGAUACUGCAAGUAAUACACAUCUUUCUGCUCCUAGUCCUGCGCAUGGACUUGGCGGCACUUGUGUGCCUCUGUUCCUUUUAUGGACGCUGUACUUCUUCACACCUGCAGCCCUGUUCUUUGGAUCUGAAACUGCACGUCUCGAUACAGAUAUCUUUAGGUUCUUUUUACGAUCAGAGGCUGGCAAUACACCCCUAAGCCUUCCAUAUCUGUACAGAUUGAGCAGACAAUCUCCUGCCCGCUUCUGGGGGGAAGAAUAUCCUAUGUCAUCUCAAUUGGAUGAUUUAGAGAAUCUCUCGGGUCUUACACUAUAUCACCGCAGCCAUGUCAUUCAGUUCAAAAUCACGGAGAUGUUUAAACAAAGCUCAACAUCGGAGAUCAGCUUCGGCGAGGGCUCUCCCUAUCAACGGAUCAUCAAAGAGAUCAACACGCUGUCUAUUGAAUAUGACACACUCCUCACCUCAGCCAGAAGAUCAAACACCUGCGACGUCGCCGGCGACCGUCGCAUCAUGGAAACGGUCUUCUGGUCAGCCAUCACAUACUACGGCACAAUUGUAUACUUCCACCUGUGCUUCCAAGAUCUCGUGAAUGACUGGUCAGGCAUUCAAGACUACAACACUAUCAUUCCCCUCAACACUGCCGUAUUACAAGUUCUCGAACUCGGUCUGAAGUUACACCGCAGUCGACCCCGUCUUGUAGUCCGGAUUGUUUGGCCACUUUUCAUCGCAGGAAUUGCUACCUCAGAUCAAAUCUAUCAAGAUUGGGUGUCAAUUCGCUUACGAGAGCUUGAACCUAUUCACAAUAUGUGA